CAGCGUCCCAGUUUCCGGUUCCGGUAGCACCGGGAGCAGAGUCGAGAUGGAGGAAGAUGCGACUGGAGGCCCCCACUCGCUGGGUACGGAGGGUCGAGCCUGGGCUGCAGCCUAGAAGUCCGGACUUGGAGUGCGCCUCAGACGCAGGAGAACCUCCGGGGUCUGAGAAGCAGAUCUGUAGUACAACCUGAAAUUCUCUAUUUCUAGCUUGGGUGAUGCCCAGUACUGCUGAUCUGUGGACUACUCCACAUGACAAAAACACAAAACACCGUUGAAACAGAAGUUUCUGCAAUAACAGAAGUGAUUUUCUGUUCACAAAAUACUUUUUACAGAUAUUAGCUCCUAUAUGUUGCAGCACAAACUGUUAUUCAAGCCAUGGCAGGCUUUAUUAAUCCCACUUCACAGAUGAAGAAACUGAGUAUCAGUUAAGUGAUUUAGUUCCAGUCUUACACUAGUAACAGAAGUGGAGCUCCAGUGUGGGUCUCUUGAUGACAGCUGUUCAUUCUGUUGUUUCCCAGUGGAUACGUCCUUCUAAGCAGGACUCUCAUCUUAGAACCUAGAUGAACUUGUUUUGUGCAAGAAGAGUUGAAGUGGGAAAAAUGUGUACACACUUGAGCCAGUAUGUCUCUUUUCACUGGAGUAGUUUGUAGUGGGAAUUUUGCCUCCGACAGUGGGACCAUAGGUGUCACCUUAGGAUUCCUCAUCAGGAGAUGCUGGUAGCUGGUGAUUCAACUGUACAGGUUGAGGAGAUGUCCUGAAAAUCAAGUGCUGGAACAGAACCCUUCAUCGUUCUGCCCUUCUGCCCUGUGUGCAUGAAGUUUGCACAUGGCCAGCAGGAAGCCCUCCUGCUUGAGCCUUGCUGUAAUUGUCCUGUGACAACAUGCGUCUGCUCAGCCACUGAGUCGCUUCACUAGCACACUGGAGAAGCAGAGGCAGCAAUCACUUUCUGUGCACAGAGCUGAGAGAAGUUGCUGAGCAGCUGCAUAACCAAGAGCCUGUGUUUAACUUUGGGUGACCUGUGGCCCUGAGGGUGUGAACUCUGCCUUCCACUGGUGGGAAUGACUUGGCUUUCAACUGAACAGAGUGAUUUCAUGUUGGAGUUCUCAACUCCCAAGAAAGCAGGACAGAGGAUAGAAGUCUUGGCUUGGAUUCUACUUCCACCACUGACCAGCUGCAUGACCUUGGGCCUGUUACAUUUAAUCCGUCCAGCUCUUUACCUUCUUCAGCAGAAGUGUUUAAUAUACACAGGCUAAGUUGCGAGGAUUUGCAGGAGUUGAAGGCUUGGAUGUCUCCUGGAACAACCUGUGAGCUUCUUGAAAGCGGAAUCUGAAUUCUGUGUCCCUCUGCUACCUUCAUUCUCUAGGUCUAAGGUUGUGGUCUGUGUGAUUAGGGUUGAAAGUACAGGGUCAAGGGGCUGGGGAUUUAGCUCAACGGCAUAAGUGCCUGCCUUGCAAGCAGGCAGUCGUGAGUUCGAUCCCUGGUACUGAUAAAAAUGAAAAAGAAAAAAAAAAAAAAAAAGUACAGGGUCACAUCUGUCCUCCACCCCGUGGUUUUCAGGCUCUUCAGGUAAACUAUAGCUAUCAAGUGGUUGUUUUCUCUUUCUACAGUCAAUUAUCUAAUAACCUGAAGAGGACUCUGGCCUUUGGCCUGUUCCUGGCAUCCCCCUUCUCUCCCUGAAGCUGGGCAGGUGGUAGUGGUGCCGUGUGGCAUGAAAGCCCCACUCAUACUGGAGAAAAUGCAAGUGCCGUGAAUGUUUAGGGGAGCUCAGAAGGGUCAGUGCGGGAAUCCAGCAGUAAGAGUCAGCUGGUGAGUGGCACUUAGAGGCACCCGCUGGAGAGGAAAGGCCCAAUGUGGGGCAUCCUCAGUGAGCCCAGGAACCUUCAGGAACCUCCUCAGUCUCCCUUAGUGGGGUCACCUAGGUCCUGCAGGUGGUUGGCUUGAAUGGUCCCUGCUAUGCCACCAUGGCUUGGACAGAGAGUUUAGGGUUCAUGCUUCUCUAAGCUGGGGCAGGAAGCUGAGGUUUGAGUAGAGCCAAAGGAGGCACCAGUGAGGAGUGGUUUAUGAAGGAGGGGAUCUGAGUUGGGAAGGGACUGGUCAAGGGCAAUGAGAGGGCAGAAGAAUGCUGCUGGUCUGUGCAGGGCAGGAAUGGGCAGAGCCAGGUGAAGUCUAAGAGGAGAUGAAGCCUGAGGAGAGGGGUUUUGGCAUCUAGCCAGGAGGAGAGAGCACAAAGUCCUGACCCCUUUCCUCCCAUCCCUGCACCCCGCCCGCAUCCCAGCUCUUCAGGCAUAAUGGAGGACAAACGCAACAUCCAGAUCAUUGAGUGGGAACACCUGGACAAGAAGAAGUUCUACGUGUUUGGCGUGGCCAUGACCAUGAUGAUCCGUGUCAGUGUCUACCCAUUUACCCUCAUCCGCACGCGACUGCAAGUUCAAAAGGGAAAGAGCCUCUACCAUGGGACCUUUGAUGCCUUCAUCAAGAUUCUACGAGCAGAUGGUGUGACCGGCCUAUACCGGGGAUUCUUGGUCAACACUUUCACCCUUAUCUCUGGCCAGUGUUAUGUUACCACCUAUGAACUCACUCGGAAGUUUGUAGCUGACUACAGUCAGAGCAACACAGUCAAAUCACUGGUGGCUGGUGGCUCAGCCUCUCUUGUGGCCCAGAGCAUCACUGUGCCCAUCGAUGUGGUAUCCCAACACCUGAUGAUGCAGCGCAAGGGUGAGAAAAUGGGCCGCUUUCAGGUGCGUGGGAACCUAGAAGGACAAGGGGUUGUUGCCUUUGGCCAAACUAAGGACAUCAUCAGGCAGAUCCUGCAGGCCGAUGGGCUUCGUGGCUUCUACCGAGGCUAUGUGGCUUCACUGCUUACCUAUAUUCCAAACAGUGCUGUCUGGUGGCCCUUUUAUCACUUCUAUGCAGAGCAACUCUCGCACCUGUGCCCUAAGGAGUGCCCUCACAUCAUCCUUCAAGCCAUCUCCGGGCCCCUUGCUGCAGCCACUGCCUCCAUCCUCACCAACCCCAUGGAUGUCAUCCGAACCCGAGUGCAGGUUGAAGGCAAGAGCUCCAUCAUUUUGACCUUCAGACAGCUGAUGGCAGAAGAGGGACCUUGGGGCCUCAUGAAGGGCCUCUCAGCCAGAAUCAUCUCAGCCACGCCCUCCACCAUUGUCAUCGUGGUGGGAUAUGAGAGCCUCAAGAAACUCAGCCUGCGCCCUGAGCUGGUGGACUCAAGACACUGGUAGGCACAGCAGGCUGAGUAGCUUGCUGUUUCCAACACUACACUGAGCUGGGGCAAAGCAGGGGAGCGAACGCCCUCUGAUGUACCCAACCCAUCCCUAGCCCUGCGUGGGGCUAGGUGGCCUGUUUAGGACUGGGGCAAAGACUUUGAACUGCUCUUGCUGAAGAGGAUCCACGCCUGGCUCACCUGCCCCUACUAAGUGUAAUUCUCCUCCUGAACUGGACUGCCUCAUUCAGCGGCCCUGAGGACCCCACCCCCUCCAUCCUGCUGGCUCUCUCCCUGGCUUCCUUGUGUCUGUCGUGAGGUACUGAGAAGAGCCUUGCACACAGCUCGCUUAGGACUACUGGUUCCUCCUCUUGGGUUUUCAGCCCAGACUCUUAAGCAGCUGCUCCCAGCCCUCUCCUGCCCCAUCUCUUACACUUGCUUUUUUAAAAUUUGGAAAUGAGUUGCUUCUUCCUGUCCCUUAGGGCAAGUUGCUAGGCACUUUCACACAGGGAGUAUGGCUUUGUAGAACCCUCAUCCUCUCUUUAGGGGAGUUACUAGGAUAGAGAGAAAAGUUGAUAGUUUAUUUUGUGCGUGUGUUUUUUAAGCAUCUGUGAACUAAACUAUUGUCUUAUUCCGCUAGGGCACCAGUCGUGCUGUCAGAGCCUCCCCCUUCCUCAGACAGGUAGAAAAUGUCACAUAGCUUUUUCCUCAGUCCCAGAUUCCUGUCCCUUCUGUAUCCUUUCAGCAUCCUUUCAGUGCCAGCAGCCCUCGUGCAGUAUGAGCUUUUGACUUCCCCAGGCCCAUAUGACUACGGUGGGCGGCACAAUUCUAAGUAGCACAGGCUGUGUGGAGUACACUGAACUUGGAGCACCACCUUGAAAAGUCAGGUUGAGAGAGCAGUUGGUUUAGAAAGUGACAAAAGGCUGGCUCUAUGUCACCUAUCACAUUUCCUCAGGCCACUGAGCCAAGCCUAGGAGAGAACAGGGGAGGUUCUCACUGAAGGCAGUCAUGACACAUACGUAUAUACCCCAGCUGCUCAGAUUCACAGCCACAGAUGUUAAGCUGCUCUUUAAGGUGUGGAACGUUUUUGUUUUCUUCCCCCUGGAUAUGCAGAGUCUUCCUAGCCAUGGUACCCAGUGCUUGAAGAAAAUAAAGAAUAGGUCAGGAAGUCACCCAAUACUAGGACCACUGCAUUCACCAGCCAGAUACUGCCAAGAUUAUCUGAGAUGCUCUCCUCAGGAGCUUAGAGGUGGCACUCCUUCCCUGCCUCAUUUUCCCUGCUCCACCUCCGCCACCAAGCCUGUUACCAGCCGAAAGUGCUGUAAAUCGAAUGGGAAGACAGUCAAGCUCUGCCUUCCUAUCUGAGACAUUUAGCCUGGAUGACCCUUAAGCCUUUUUAAUAGUCCCAGCCCAGGAAAGGCCAUGUGCCGAUUUGAAAGGUGCUAGCUACCUGAAGCCUUGAUUUCUUAUGGUUGUACCAUGUUCUUCUACCCUGGCCAGGAAAGGAUCUGAAAAGCAUACUUCUUUUCUUUUCAAAACCAUAUUUCUUAAAUUUACUUUUUUUUUUGUCUUUUUUCCUUUUUAUCGGUAGCGGGCAUCGAACUCACGACUGCCUGCUUCCAAGGCAGGCGCUUAUGCCGCUGAGCUAAAUCCCCAGCCCCCAAAACCAUAUUUCUUUACCGUUAUUUCCACUCCUUAUCUUGGACCCUUUUUUUUUUUUUUUUUUUUUUUUGUGGUACUGGGAAUUGAACUCAGGACCUUGUGCUUGCCAGUCAGGCACUGUGCCACUGAGCCAUAUCCCCAGCCCCUUGGUCCCAUUUUAAGUUUUUUCCCAUUUGUUUCUUCCUGCGCUUUGUCAAGAGAUUGCUUCAAUUUCUAGUCACAAAUAGCCAAACAAAGAGUUGAGGCCACAGAUCAUUUGAAUACCCCCCCCCACAAGGUCUUAACUAUGCAGUUCAGGCUGGCCUUAAGCUUACUUUGGAGCCUAGGCUGGUCUUGAACCUGCAAAGAUCCUCCUGCUUCAACCUUCCAAGUGUUGAGAUUACAGGUGUGCAUCACCUCUGAUGUCCCCUCACCUCUUUAACCUGAGAACCACCAAUAAUAUAAUGGAGCAAGGGCCUUCCUCUUUAAGCUUUUCCUAGUAAGACCUCUAGAUUGGUUUUUUUAGUUUCACAUCUUUUUCCUUGUCUUCCAUCCUUUCCCUCACAGUGGCAGAGUGGGUAAAGGAUCAUGGACAGGCCAGGCAUAGUGGCACAAGCCUGGACACCCUAGCGCUUGGAAGUCUGGAGCCAGAGGAGCACAAAUUUGAGGUUGGCUAGAGUAGAGUUCAAUGCCCGUCUCGAAGUAUGGACAGCAGUGUUCCUCUCUCCCAGACUCCUUCCCUCUGAUUCAUUUUCCCUGCGCAGCAUUUCAGUCUUUUAUCUCACUCAUUCGUAGUCAUUUUUUUUUUUUUUUUUUUGUCUUUUUCGUUUUUAUCGGUACCAGGGAUUGAACUCACGACUGCCUGCUUGCAAGGCAGGCACUUAUGCCCCUAAAUUAAAUCCCCCCCCCAUUUUCUUUUAAUAGUUUAGGAACUGGGAUUGGAUUUACAGUACGUCGUGGUGAGGAUGGUACAAUGGACUUCCUGUUUUCCUAAAACUGGAGACCAAAGCAGCUGGAAGUUUUAAUGUGUUGGCUGGUAACCAAAACUAAAAAAAACACAUACAUACAAAAACAAAACCUGGAGAGACUGAGACCGGCAACCUGACUGGAAUACUUAAGGACAGGGGAAUGAAAAUGCUAAUUCAUUUAAAAUGGUAAAAUGGACUCUUGUGAAUACUAUACUAGCGAAUAUUCUAUGUUGCACUGUACGAAGUCUCUAAAGUGUAAUUAAAAGUUUUUACUGACCCCA